UCUCCUCACGCCAAGAACUCACACCGACCAAUAACCCAUCGCCGCCAUGAAAUCAUGGCAAGACAACGACCCACCUCCAUUGAUAGGCGAUAAUUACACCAGCGACAUUCUCUCACUUCCUAAUCUUCAUUUUCUCCUCUUCCAUUAUUAACUCGUCAUGAAGCCCGAUGCUUUGCGACAACUUCAACCUUCAUAUCUGUUGUCGCCAACUUUGUAAGGAUGGCCGACGACAAUUUGUAGUGUCCUUCUCCGACGUAAGGGAGGAAUAGAACGAAAAAUAGGAAAGUAGAAGAGAUAGAAAUAAAAAAGGAGAGGGGAAGGGAAAGAUGAGUGCGGCUGGGGCGGAGAUCUGGAACUCUGGGAUGAGAAUCUGGGUCAAUUUCCUUAAUUAUUAUUUUUUAUUUAAUUUAUUUUCUGAAAAUUUAGGAUUAAACGGGUAGAUUGUUUGCAACCUGUCAAAAAGAUGGCCGCGUGGUAAAUAAAGCUACGUGUCACUAUUUGUAUAACCUCGUGUACCCGAUCACAUUGAAAAAUCUCUGGAGCACCGGAACCCAGAAAAAUUUCUCCACCCGUAGUGGAGAAUCAAAUGGCAGGUCUACUCCACUUUGCUAAAGGCGGCGGAGUUAAAAGCGCCACUCAACCAAUUAACAAGACUUAUCACGCUAAAGUAAACAGAAGAUUUUCAGGGGAGGACAGGAUCAGAACAUAAUCCGCUCAGAGAGAAGAAAAUGGAAAAGGAUAAACGGGAGGUGGUGGUUUCAGCUCUGCAAUUCGCUUGCACCGACGACGUCGCCACCAACGUCGCCACCGCCGAAAGCAACCAUAGAACCAAAGGGUAUCAGCUUGUUUUCCAGUAAAAGUAAGUGGUUGCUGUGGAUUCUAUUCGCUUUAAGGCGGAUGUCUCUUGAUUUCAACUUGACACUGCUUUACUCAGGUUGGUUAGAGCUGCUCAUGCGAAGGGUGCAAAUAUCAUUCUUAUACAGGAACUCUUUGAGGGACAUUACUUCUGUCAGGCACAAAGGGAGGACUUCUUUCAGUGAGCAAAGCCUUACAAGGGUCAUCCAACCAUUCUUAGGAAGUCCCACAUCCCAGACGGACCAGGCUACCAGGAAAAGUUCUACUUCAAUCCAAGGUGAUACUGGAUUCAAGGUUUUCAAGACCAAGUUUGCAACUAUUGCAGUUGCAAUUUGCUGGGAUCAAUGGUUUCCCGAGGCUGCCCGGGCUUUGGAGGCUGCCCGGGCUUUGGUUCUUCAAGGUGCUGAGAUAUUGUUUUACCCCACUGCUAUUGGUUCCGAACCUCAAGAUGGAGGUCUUGAUUCUCGUGAUCACUGGAGGCGAGUGAUGCAAGGGCAUGCUGGGGCUAAUGUGGUCCCUGUAGUAACUUCAAAUCGCAUAGGAAAGGAGAUAAUUGAGACCGAGCAUGGAAAGAGUGAGAUCACUUUCUACGGUAACUCUUUUAUAGCAGGACCCACUGGUGAAAUUGUUGCAACUGCUAAUGAUAAAGAGGAAGCUGUGCUUGUAGCCCAGUUUGACCUAGACAAAAUCAAAUGGAAGAGACAUAGCUGGGGAGUAUUCCGCGACCGCCGCCCAGAUUUAUACAAGGUGCUACUGACAUCAGAUGGCAGCAAUUCCCCUUUGUGAUCAUGCGUUUUGACAGUGCUUGUUGUAGAAUUAAUAAAGUACUUCCAAGGUACGGUGCCUCGUACGAUUGGAGGAUUUAGGAUUUACUUUCGAGGAAGAAAUUUUCUCAAGUGAAGUAUUAUUGGAUGAUCAUCUCUAUUUGCUUGUCUAAAUCUUGAAGGUAUCCGGUAUUUAUUAAGAAUGAGAUUAUCAUAUUUCUUAUUUAGUAUGC